UGUCGACAGUUUUGAAAACCUGCUGCAGUUUUAGUGCAUUUAUUCGGCUGCUUGUCCUACCAUCGCUGAUACGGUUGAAAAGAGAAACAUGUCUAGCGAGUCUACAGGUGAGCUGAAGUGACCGGCGAGUGAGACUCCCGGGAUUUGUUAGUUGGAGUUAAAUUAAGCUCGCCCACGCUCAGAAAUGUGUUACGAAAAUAUCGGCGUGGACGAGCUAAAACUUUCCCCUCACCGUGUCGGGAAAUCUGUUGUCGAUUUCAUCUGCAAACUCUCGUUGAUUAUAAAGAGGUUUGCGUCACAUUGAGGUAGCCUUUUGUGAGUUUUGAAGGUGGCUUUUUCUCACAAAGGGCGUUGUUCAACUUAUGUAGAAUUUUUUGGGGUUUAUCUUGUUUAGGUAGAUGUUUGGAGGGAGUGUAGUCGAGUGGAGUGAAUUAUUAAUUAAGCUUUUAGAAGUUGUCGAUUUCAAGUGAAAUUUUUCCAUCGGCGGAUGGUCUACGCUUCUGUUUUUUCCCAAUUUCAUUGUAAUUAUUUUCUUUCGAAAUAAUGGAGGCAAUAUUAGAGUGUUAAGGAUAUCCCUCGAGGGACAUUUUUUAGUGGGAAUUUAAGGAAGAACAACUUGUUUUUAUUUAGGAAAAAUAACUUACUUGACAAAGGUGCUUCCCUGGUCGUAAAAAAAUCGAAAAUGCGCAGGUUUUUUGUACCGUUUUGCAAAUUUUAAGAGUUAUUUUUGAUGCAUGUUAUACUUUGCUGGCUUUUUGUGUAAUUUGGUGUCGUUAAAUCUUCUCACUCCGUUUGAUUUUACUUCCCGUUUCAGAAUUAAGGCCGUAAAUACGCCGGGGCUGAUUCUGCAAAUUUGGGCAAAAGUUAGUUACGAUUUCACAACACAAGAUUUUUCCAAACGUUAUGAUCCAUGGUUGGCAAGUCUUCACCUCACGAUGAUUGAAAAUGGACAUAAGCUGGCUUCUUUUUGAGGUAAGAUUUAGAGCUGCAGAAACACUCUUAUUUGCUAUGGAUUAAAUUUGUUAAAGGGCGAGCAACUGCAAACAAUAGGUAGCACAAAUGUAAGCAGUGGCAUUUUAACUUAUGAUGUAAGCUUAUAUAAGUGAACCUUACUUUGAUUCGGUAUAAUCCUGGUAAAAUGGAAAUGAAUUUAUCUCCUUGUGGUCUUUGAUCUGUUCAUAAUCACAGCCGGUUGAAAAAGCUGUCCGUGGUUUUUCGAAAGGACUUUGAUACGACAUUGUGGAACGGAUUAAUUUCGCGAGGAAAUUUAAACUGUUGUUUUUUUUUUUCAUGUCUGACCAAUAAUAAUUGUCUCAACUGAGGCUUCUGUGUUCAUCUUUGAUAUGUUUCUGGAUAUGUGUGAAGUUUAGUUCCAAAGUUAGCGAGAAAGUUGACUGUCUAGGAUGGAUUUAACUGUGCCUCAUAUAAUUUCAGUUCGAGGUAAUAAAUGAAUUCCUUGUUGCAAGUGAAAUGUUACAGUCGUCUGGACUGGGAUGUUAUACCCAAGUGAAAAUAAUUAUUAAUUAUCAGUUUUCAAGCAGCGCUCUUCCUAGACACAAUUUGAACCUUCUUCACAGCAACAAAAAUGUGGAGAACACAUCACAACUGUUGUUCAAGUUGAUUAGCAAGUGUGUGUGUUAAUUUAUUCAAAUUUUGUAACGCUGCUAAACAUCCUUCCUUAAAUCCAUUUGCACACUUUUGUUUAUAUACUACCUAGCAAAUGCACUACAAGUUAUGAACUUUUUAUACAAUCACUGUACAGAGUAAACCUGGAAUAUUGUAAAGCAUACAACAAUCUGUCUGCUUCCUUGUCAAAUUUAAAUCUCUGAUCUUUCUGCUGUUGUCAUUUGUGACAAUUUGAAUGGAAAAUAACCUUUACCUUGGAUCGCCCCUUAUUCGAUAUUUAAUGAUAUUAGCAUUUUUUGAUUCUUUAUUGCAUACCAUAUAAUAGCAACUAACAUCUAAUCCUCUUUAAAUACCCUGAGAUGAGCUCAACAAGAUAUUUUUAAAAAUUCUUCCAUAUUAUGUGGAAUUAAUCAUUUGAUUUUUUUUAAAAAAUACUUGUCAGUUCUUGUCAUGGUUCAAAGAAACAUUGAUUUAUUUUUGUCACCUUUCUGUUGAAGCUGUGAUGCUUUCAGGGGUGCAAUUUAAAUUUGUAAAUGUGGCCAGGUUGAAUUUGAAUAGUUUUGCUCAUAUCUGUUAGUGUCAAAGUGUGAUAUUGUGAAAAAAAAGGCAAAUACAAAUUAUUUGCAUUAACAGAAAGCCAUCAUCAGCUUUUAUCCCUUUGUUAUGUCAGUAUGGUGAAUACUAAACGAAACCAUGUCAUAAUUACAUUCAAAAUAUUUAAUUAAUUUAUGUGAUAUUUCUUAUGGAGAAUGCAUGUCUGUUUUGUGAAUAAGAAUCUUGUUACUAACUCUUCAUGAUUUUGAAUGGAAAAUUUGAAAUAUUGAAAAGGUUAUUGUGUCUGUGGUAGUAUUACACCAAUUAGCAACUGAUCUGUUUGAAUUUGUGAUGUUGUAACACAGUUGUUGUUACGUAACAGAGUUCAUCCUUGAUAACAGAAUUAGGUAGUGGGGCACAGAUGACAUUUCCCAUUAUUGUCUGGGCUCAAAGAGUGCAAGGAGUUAUUUUUCACGGAACUCAAACAGGAACAUGAUUUUUAUGAUGCCAGCUGUAUGUGAGUUCUCUUUUCUCAGAGCCAUUAAUGGUAAAACAACAAAAAGCCUUUUCCUGUGGGUGAAGGAGAAAUAAAUACUUGUAAUUUUCCAGGGUUAGCAUUUGGAGACAUGUUUGCAAAAUUGAAUUGAUGAAUUGACAAAUAUGAGCUGAAUAAAAAUCAUUUGUCUUUGACCUACUGAAACUCACCUUAUGGCAUCACUGAAGGAGUGCUCAGAGUGCUAACAAAUUCUGCUAAUUCUAUUACCUACUAAUAAAAAUAUGCAUGCUACAUGUACUGUACUCUUUGAAGGAAACAACAAAACCUUUAAGUUUGUAAAACAUGUUUUGACAGAAACUUCUGUCAUCUUCAGUUAAUUCAUGUACAGAGCAUUGGAAGAGUACAGUGUCUUGAUAGUAUCAGGCAAGUCAAGAAUUUGAAGAAAAUGACAAUACUUUUAAGUUUGCAAAACAUGUUUUGACAGAAACUUCUGUCAUCUUCAGUUAAUUCAUGUACAAAGCAUUGGAAGUUGAAUUUUAUACUGAAGAUGACAGAAGUUUCUGUCAAAACAUGUUUUGCAAACUUAAAAAUAUUGUCAUUUUCUUUGAAUUCUUGACUUGCCUGAUACUAUCAAGACACUGUACUCUUAAUAUUUAACUUAAGGAUACAGUAGACUUUCAUAGGCCAAUUUUUUAAAAAAAUUAUUUCAAAAUAAUUUCAUUUAAAAGGUGUGAAAUGUUUGAAAAAGAUAUUUGAGCUCAGGCUGAAAGACCACAUGCGUCUUCUUUGAACAAUUUAUUAGGAUACGAAAAAGUAAUGGAUCACCUAGAAAUUUGGCCCACAUACUCCCACAAUAACAAAAAACUGCUUGAAGGAAUUUCGAUUCUUUGCAUUUGAUCUCCUGCAUCUGAUGUAAAGCUUAGCAGUGAAAUCAUGAUCAGCAAACUUGAUAGGGAAAGUGCAAAGCAGCCAAUUGGAAUAUCUAGAAAUCACCACACAAUUUUGAAGAUUAUUUCCUUAUGACUGAAUGUAUACCAUAGCUUUAUUAGUGCAGUCAGAUUUGGUACCUGAUUAAUUCACUCAUAGAGAUAUCAUCGUGCCUUGGUUGAUUUGCGAUCAAGCUUAAACUAAAAAAAUUAUGUUGGGUAGCACAUUCAAAAUCUUUCCAAUGAUAUAUAGUUUAUGGAGAUUAGGCUUUAAAUAGCUCUCUACAAAUUUUUUUUUACAAUGGACACCCGCAAAAGUGUUAUUUAUCCUUAAGGCACAUUCCAUUGGUCUGAAUUUUGUAACCAGACAGAUCAACUUUGCAAGUGAAUAGGCUUUUUUUUGAGAGGUUACCAUUAUAUGUUUUAGAUAAAUUCCAUCAAAGGAAUGGGUAAUAUUCAGAAAUUGAUGGGUUUGUUUGGACAAUUCUGUUAAAUAUUGGAAUUCCCCCAUGAAAUGAAAUUGCGUAGUCUGGACAGUUAGUUCAGAAUAUUGAGAAGCGUGUCUUGUUUCAAAUGAUUACAUGUAUGUGAUCACACGUGCUUGCAUUCAGCUGUCACUGUGUGGAUGGCUCUGUGAAAAGAAAUUUUAAAAUCAAACUGCUUUGAGUCAUUCAGUAAGCUUUAGGUGGGUUUUGACAAAAACAGGCACUUACACCUCCAAAAUUUAUCCACUGCACAGAGUGGACUGCAUGUUUCCUCAUAAUCUCAACUCACAAAGCAUUAUUUGUGGUAGGAAAGGGAUUUGAGAACUACAUUUACAGUACUAGUGUGCUGUUUCUGUAACCAUAAUUCGUAGAAAAUCUCUUAAAUCUCCUUCAUGCCAUGCUAGUAGUUAUUUUAUAGUGUAUACACUGUUUGAGUUGAUAUCUUCACUUACACAAUCAAAUAAUGUUGUUUGAUAAACUAUUAAAUUCUCCCACCUACAUGGACCACAAAGAGGAAUUUUUAGUGAUGUGCAAGGAGAACUUUCAUUUAUAAUUAUUUUUGUAAGAUUUUGGUUUUAAGUCUUGGUGUGUAACUAUGUCAAAAUUUUGAAUUAUGUAUUCCAAAAUUGAACAAUAACCCUUACUUUUUUAAUAGAUAUUUCACUGAUAGGUACAGAUUUCUUGUGAUCAAUUGUCAAUAUCUGUUUGGUUUUCUAGAAAAAAGUUUUGUUCAUUUUGAGCAAUCAUUGCUCUAUGUUGAUACACUUGUUCAUGUGUUUUCAACUUUUUAGAAUAUACAUGUAGGAUACAAAUCUCCCUGUAUGUGAUGUUAUUAUAACAGCAAUAAUGCUAGAAUCUUCCAAAUGCAUCAAGAUAAUGACUGCCUCCCACCAUUUGCACAGAUUUAAUUAACAAUGCUGCUUUGUUAGAGGGUUACAUUCUAUUUUGGUUAGCCACAAUAAUAUUGAGCUAAGCCAACCCUGGUCUAGAAUAUUCCAUUAGAUUUGAGGCAGGUCUUGUCAUUCAUUAUUUAUUUAAAUUGUUUUGAAAUUAGUUCACCAAAGUUUAGCCUAGACCUACUCACUGCAAAUAAUUCAUGGUUAAAUGCAACUUCAAGAGAGCUGUUUUAGGUUUCCAGAAAUUGACAAGCCCUGGAGCUCUUGCUAGAGAAUGUGAAGUUAGGCUGUGGUGAACUUACAUGUAAGGCUCUCCAGAACUGUGAUUCUGUGGUUUUGGCACAUGGUUGUAGCCUCCAAUGCAAGAAAUUAAUGUUAUUGUUGGCUUGUUCUCAAUGACAGUUGUUCUCUGGAAAUGAUUCAUUCUGUAAUGCUAUUCACUUGCUUGGUUAGUGAUUUAAAAUAUAUUGUGAUGUGUAUAUGUCUGUGAGCAGAGCAAAUAUUUUUUGAAGGGUGACGUGAAAAAAUUGUAAAUGAAGAAUUUGUUAGCUAGGACUCUGUGAGACAUUUGCAGCAGUUAUGUCUUGUGAAGCAGCACUAUGCAAGUCUUCAAACUCCAGAUUUUCUUGACAAGUCAUUUUAUUCCAUGACUGAACAGACUAUUUAAGAAAUUCAAUGUUCAUUAUUUCAAAGGAAAACUUGAAGUUAUGCCAUAUCACAGUUAUCUAAUUAACUCCAACAUUUGUUUACGAAAAGAAAGUAAUGUACUUUGAUCAUCGUUUUUUUGUUAAAUUUUUCUCAGAAAGAGGUAUAAAAUGCAUUGUGAGAAUUUAUUCCUCUCACAAAAUAAUUUGUGUGCUACUCUUAAAAUUUGUAGACAUGAGAAUUUUGAUCUUUGCUCAAAGUAAAUAGGCUUUGUCUCUUCCUCUGUGAAUGAUAGUUAAUUGUGUGACAAAUAAAUUAGAGCAAAAUACAUGCAUGUGUUACUUUGAUGUGACAAAAUGGCGUAAUACAGUGUAUAUUGCACUUACAAAUAGGAAUUUGAUUUGCAUGCAAGUACAGUGGUUGUUUCACUUUAUCCUUUGUUGUUUUUUAUUCCUAAAAAUGCAGAAAGUUGGAAUGAAAUUAGUGUUAAAAAAAUUAUCCUCAGUGCUUGACUUCACAACCCAUUGACAUAGUUUUGACCGUUUCAUGUGUAAUAUAAUUUGUUUGUAACAUUGCUAGAGGCUCCCUUAACAGAUAUUAUGAUAUUAGCCAUUUGAAAGUACCAGUAUGUCUGAAAGUAGAAUGUCUGGUUAUCUUAUCUAUUGAGUUAUGCAAUGUUUGUUUAAUUCAAUUUCGAACUUAAGCUGUUGAUUCUAAAAUGAAAUUUUUGGGCUGUAAACAAUUUGAAUUAUGGUAAUAGACAUUGUACAUGUAUGACGCUUAAUUGUAACAAAGCUGAAUUGCUUAUUAUUUUUUUUGACAAGUUUGUUAGUUCAAUCCUUCUUUGAAACGACUGUUAGUGGCCAUGUAUGUAUGUAUUAAGUAUGUACAUUUCUCUAUGCAAUCAAUCAGUCUUCUAAAUACAGAUUUCAGGAAGAGAGUGCUUAAAUUAUCUCUUAAAGAAUCCAUUUUAGGUCUAGUUUAUGCAAGCUUAGUCACUUGUGUCAAAUUUUGAUAUAUGACAUGACAAUGUAUCAAUUAUUGUUGUGGCUGAUUGGUCAGACGUAUUAUGUUCAUCAAGAGACCUUGAAUUUUUAUGGUUAUGAUGAAUAAUGCAUUGCAAAUAAAGCACAUAUUUGAUAAUGGUUUAACUCGGCUGAUCCUCCAAACAAUUUCUUUAGUGAGGUGUCGUAAAAGUGCAAGACGUUAAGAGAGAAAGAUUCUAUGUUGAGGGUAAAACGUAAAUGCAUUGUAAGAUUGAUAUUGGUAAAAGUAUUCUGUUAUAAUUUGUGAACUCAAUACUCAAGUAAUCAUUCAGGCACUAACUCACUGAAGUACACUACUGUAUUCUUGGUUAUGAUUACAAAAUGUAUGCAAUGAGUUUUCCAAAGUUCUUCAAGACAUAUUAGGGUUUAAAAUACAUUUGCUGUACAGUUACAAAACAAUGUUGCAUCAGAUAUCUGAAAAUUUAUUCAGGUGAAAGUUCAAGCUUCAUUUAGUUUGGGCAUAUUUUCAGAUCCCUUUGUGUUGAAUUGUCAUAGUGACACAGCCGAGUGGUUUAAGCAAUAAUUUUAAAAUUGUUCAUGAUAGUGCCAAGUUCAACUCCCCCAAAAUCCCUUGUUAGUAGACAACUUGUAUUGUCUCCCUCCUAUUAACUUUUUUUCCUUUGGCUUGAAUUUGUUUUAUUUACUUCCUUUUGUUGAUCCAUUACUUAUACAAUGUCCUUCAUUAAGACAAGGAGCUAAUAAAUGCCGAUAAAUAUAAUUCUUUUUUGUAUUUUGUUUAUUGAUGUAAAUCUUACGUUUCAUUGCAAAUCAAUAUUACUCUUUCGUUUUUUUCUUCACAGCAUUGUUGUUUUAGAUAAUGGACGACAGAUUUCCUUCAGACAAUGGUCCUGAUAUGACAAACCACCAAGAAAACUGUAAUCACACUCCUGCCGAGGUAGGCUGGUACACUGCAGUGUUUGUUUUUAAUGGUUCUUUAUUGGCUUCUCAAACUCAUGCAUGAUUGGCACCCAAAAGUUUUGCAAUCAUUGCAUGAAUAAAUGAGUUAAAAAUCAUCCUUCUGUGCUAUAUUAUCUCACUGUUUAAGUAUAAACAACUUUUCAACUCGGUGUUGGUGGCCAGUGGGAGAUAUUUAGUUAGACAGUUUGCGACUGGGUAAAUAUAUCCAUCACUAGCCUCCUCCACUUUGGUGAGUAGUUGUUAAAGAGUCUUUUUGGAUCAUGGAUAUAAACCAUGGGCCUCAUUUCUCACUUGCCUCUAUCAGUAUGGUAUGUGUCUCUGCAAGAUCCCUCCUAAAGUACACUGUACAUGUAUGUGUCCCUCUCUCCCCCAAUAUCUCUUUUAGCAAUUCUCCUUACUUUCUGUCAAGCAAGUUUUAUCAUGUUAGUUCUGAGAAUCUGGUAUUAAUUGGAUCAAUUAAUAAUCCCCUAAUUGAUAUUUUCUAUUUUCUCAUUAUUUGCCUGCUUAAUAAUGGAUUGAUAUUUUAGGCAGAAAUUCCAUCCCAGUCAGUCAUGAGAGCUUGGGGAAGAGGAUAUCACUGUCACCAAUUGAAAAAAAAAAACACAAGAGCCAUGAUUACAGUUGUGACAUUUUAAAAAUGUUACAUUUAUAGGAAUAUUUUUUUCCCUAUCUUUUUUUCAUCAGAAAUCCAAAACUCCUGUUGUUACCACUGCUGAAGUUUCAAGUGAUCAGAGCACAAACGCAGAUUCCCCAGAACAGCCACAAGCCAUUACCAUGGCAACACAACCUAAGCCUUCUCUAAGUACUGUUCAUGUACAGCAGAGUUUUCACGGAAUCCGUUCAUCCAUACCUGUAUUGACUCAUUCAGCUUCUGAGGUAAAAUUUGCCUCCUGUUUUUACUGUAACUUUGACUUCUGUCAACCUUUAUCCUACACCAGUAUGCUUAUUCUCCCUGCUGUUAAUAAGGAGGAUUUGUUUAACAAUGGAGAGCUUCUUCAGUUGGUGAUCAUUUCCUUUAUUUUCAUGACUUUGAUUGAUAUUGUGGAGAGAAAUUACAAUAGAUGCUAGUUGCUCUUAGGUGUCACAUGGUUAAAUAGCACCCUUUAAUCCAGUCAUCCUUUGGACUUCCUAGAUUUCUGAUUGAAAUCAUUUGGACUAAAAUUACUGGAAUAGGGGUGCUAUUCUUUGGUGAUUUUAUUAUUAGCUCUUACUGGCUUGAAGCAAACUAAGUAGUGUACUGGUAGUUCAGCAAAUUUUAGAACUCUGAUUGCCAUCUAUCAAAGCUGAUUUAUUUAGUUUAACAGUUGUGUACAGUUGUGUACAUGUAAUGUAGAGGAAGGAAGUUGCCUCAUUAACUGAGCACCUAAGGUUGCUAACAAAAGUAGCCAAAAAAGUAGUUGUAGGCAAUAAGAUGCUAAUUAGCUAAUCAACUUUUUUCAAGAUCACUUUUUUCACAGGACUCUCAGGUUUCCUUAACUUACAUGACUUAAGAAUGGCCCAUUCUAAUGGGCUGAUCAUGAGUGACAGGAGAAGGUUGUUGUUAACAAUGAAUACUAAUUGCUAUUGUGAUUUUGCUCUUUCAAUUUGCAGCCAACCUAUCAUCAAUCAAGGAAAACUCUUGUGCGAAGUGUUGCUGUGACAAGUGUUCCUUCACCUCCACCCUCUCAGUACCCAGAUGAGGUCACAGAGGUACAUGUUUGAGAAAAAAAAUUUUGUAACUAAACUUGGACUUUUUUGUGUGAUGGGAACCUCGUUAACUCAUAUGUUUACAUUAAUGAGAAUUCUUGGGACUGGUUGCCAUAUGAUUGUGCAUUUCAUUCCAAAUCUAACUUGUGCUUUACGUGACUUGAACUUUCAAGGGAAAUUGGAGAGGGUUUGAGUAACAUGUACAUGGGGUUGGUGAUAGCAGGAGUUGAGCCAAAAUUUUCAGAGAUUGAAAAAAAAAAAAAAAAUUGAUAGAUAAGGAGAUGAAAAGAAACAGCACUAUCUGUAUCUUUUUUCCAUUUGUUUUGAUUUGUCACAUACUGAUAAACAUAUUUUGGGGUAAUGAGUCUAAAAUUAUUAAAAGAGAGUCCUGAAAAGAAACAGCAACUGUUUUAAGUUAACAGGAGGGUUAAGUUGUUGAGAGUAAAAGUUAGCAAAGUGAAAAUCAAUGGUGAAUCAAUAUUGUAAAGCAAGGCAAAAUCAAUUACUAUUUGGUGUGCAAAUUUAGGUAAUAUUGGGUACAGACUACGUGCUAGUACUUCAGAUUUGGUGGGAGAUCAAUUUAGAGACAAAACCACCCCUUAUUGAUAAGGAGAAGUCAUGUUGUCAAUCGAGUAACUUCUUCACUGAGUAACUAAAGUUUCAUUUCUUUCCAUUAGGGUGCAGUGUUGAGUAAAAAUACCAGUAUUGAAUCCUGUGACAGUGGAAUAGCAGGAGAGUUACCACCUCGGCUUGAGGCCUUGGCAAGAGCCUCUAAACAGAGUUCACUUUCCAGAGGCAAGUACACAUGUGGUAAUAAUUUCUCAUAUAUACACUGUAUAAUGAUUUAUAAAAUGAUUUAACCUUUCAACUCCCAAGAUCUGAUUGUUAAUUCUUCCUUGUAACAGCUACACAUUUCCUUGUUAAUUAGUAACAACAAUUUGGUGUGAGAUCAAGAUAGCAACUUCUGCCUGACAAGUUUGAGUAUUACCUGGUUGCUGGAUACUGUGUAGAUAUUAGAAGGAGAAGUUGCAUGUUGAUCACUCCUGGCAGUUAAAAGGUUAAGAUGUUAUCUGGGCUGCUGCUAAGUUUAAAAGUAAAGGGCAAAUGCAAAACUGGAGGAGGCCUGGUUAUCACUUGCUUUGUCAGAUACUGUGAAACGUGCAAGAAUGGGAAGUGUUUUGAUUGCCCCAGGCAAUACAUGAACUUGCAUGAACCUUUGAGCAAAUUCUGAUUGUAGAAUUGUAUCACACUGUGAAACCUAUUACUGGUUAAUUUAGUAUUAAUUUCCACAUAAAACUGGUUGAUGUUUGUGCAAAUUACAAAUUUCUUCAAUGUUUUUCAGAAAUUGUACAAUUUUUUAUUAGCACAUUUGGUAAAAGGAGGUGAAAGUAGCUGGCUACAGAUGGCAGACUAGCCAUGGUUGGUUGGCCACUGACUCUGUUUGAUGUGGUCUGGUUGUCAAGUUGUUGUGUCUAUAAUAAAUUUAGUAACACAUCCAGCUUGCUCCUUUCACAAUCCUUCCUAACUGAAAAAAAAGCUAUGCUUUACCUCCAGUAAAAGAAAGCCACAAUUUGUUUGCAAUUUGCAAUCUUGAUUUAUUUUUAUCUUGUUCUUCCUUGACCAACUUUGUUCAUUUUCUGUUUAUUUUGGCCUUAUAAAUGUUUGUCUACAUCUUGUUUGUGUAGAUGGUUCAUUUGAAUAUACAGAUUCCACGGGAACUGACCUGCACGAUUUUAUUAUAAAGACUCUAAGGAAUCCCAGGUAAGCACUCUAGUGGCUUUCCUCAUAACCUGUGGCUGUUCUUAACCCUUUAUACCCUAACAUCGAUCAGUAUUCAUGUUCUCCAUACUUGUCUCUAUACAUUUUCUUUGGUAGUGGUAAGGAGAUCUGGUCAAACAAUCAAACAAUCAAAGCUUCCUAGAUUGGCGAUCAUUUCCUUUAUUCUCAUAAUCUGAAUGAGAGACUCAGCAGUAUUACUUUAAGGAGAAAUAAGAUGCUGGUCAAUGUUAGGGUUUUAAGGGUAAAUACAAGUAUACUGUUCCUGCUAAAAGGAACAAGGUUACUAUAAUGACAGUCAUUUUUAUUCUCAUUUCUCAGGGAUCGCAAAUUUCUCAUGAGACUUGAACAAGACUUCCUAAAUUUUAUUCAGCAACCAGCGUAAGUAUAUUGAAUUUACUUUGUAUAUCACCCAAUUAGUGCUGUCUGGAUGUGUUUAGUGUAUCAAGCAUGUAUACUUAAAACUGGUGACCAUGUUUUGUCAUUUUUGUCUAUCAUACUCAGUUUCAUGUGGAUUUAAAAAAAUUGACUAGGGUGUCCUCAAAUGAAUGGAAUUAUUGAUUCUCAUUACCAAUCUGCUUACAAUUGUGAUAAUGUUCAUGAAAAAAAUGAUGUGCUUCUGAUCGGCUGAAAAUGAGUGCAUUCUCAUGUGUAGUAACACGUGUGCAAAUUACAAAUAGCAUGUACAUGCUUUCAAUAUUUUGUCUGUCUUAACUUUCUGUGAUGUUUUUUCAUGUACAUUAUUAACAGGUAAUGACAAAAUUUCCCUUGCAAUUUGGUGUGAUAAGCACUUGUAAAUUUUUCAAACACAACAAAAUUGCACCAGCCUGUGCAAUUUGUACUAAUGGUAACAAGAAUUCACAUACUCAUCACUUACCAAACAAUUCCUUCAUUUUGGGUCAACAGUCUCUUCCUUCACUACCCACCUAUGACAUCAUACCACCGCAUGAUUGUGCACAGAGUUGCCGCUUACUUUGGUAUGGAUCACAAUGUUGAUCAACAAACAGGAAAAUCAGUCAUAAUAAAUAAAACAGUGAACACAAGAAUGUAAGUAUUCAGAUUAACCUAUUCUGUCUUUGAUUUGUGGACGUGCUUACCUUAUAAAUUUAGGGCAGGGAUAUUUUUUUCAAGUGGGUCAUUAGGAGUUACCUGUAAAAAAGGGGUUUGGGGUUUUAAGCAGUGUAUGAAUCUUCAUAUUGCUGGAAACGUGACUGUUAUGGACAGAUUAAGCAGAAAGAUUUGUAUUUUUGUAACCACCUAUGGGAGGUUGUUACUGUGUAAUUUCUUGCAUGCCCCUGAUUGCAUUAGAUUGGUAAUGUUUUAUUAUCUUUUUACAUCCUAGCAUCAGUAUGCAUAUUGUCCACACUCUUCUCUAUACAUUUCUCCUUCAGUACAGACAAGGAAAAUUUGUAAAAUUCCUUUAACCUUUAAACUCCCAUGAGUGACCAAGACAGAAUUUCUCCUUAGAGUGUCAAUACAAUAUCAAACAGACAAGUGAUGAGAAUAAAGAGAAGUCUUAAUUAGGGGGUUAUUAGGUGACCCAAUACCAAAUUCUCCAAACUAACAUCACAGGAACUAUAUGGCAGACAGUAAGGAGAAUUACUUAUGAAAUCUUGGGAGUGAAAGGGUUAACAACAGGAUCGCGUGUUACUAUUUACUAUGAGGAAUACAAAUUAUACUUGUCUAGAAAUGUUUCUCAGCUUAUGUGGGCUCUAGUUUUGUUUACAAAAAAAUUGUGUUUUUUUAAUCAAAGUUUGGACCUUCCCUUCCCUCCCCUCCUAUUCCUGUAUUAAAAGGCCCUGGAUCUGCCCCUACUCAUUCACCUCAUGUUCAAAAACUGGCCGCUAUGCAAUUCAGUCUUGUGUAUGUAGACUUAACCCUUUACACCCUAACAUCAGUAUACAUAUUCUCCAUACUGUUCUCUAUACAUUUCCUAAGGUGCUGACAAGGAGAAUUUGUUUAAUAAUCGAGAGCGUCUAUUAUUGAUGAUCAUUUCCUUUUUCUCAUGACCUUAAUGUGUGAUUCAGGGGUGAUAUUGUAAGGAGAAAUUAGAUGCUGGUCACUCUUAGGGGUUAAAGGGUUCAUCCAAAAAAAAAAAGAGGGGCGGGGGGGCAAAGUAAAAAGGAACAAACUUAUUUUUCUUGUGCAUUUGCAGACCUGAAAGCAGAUUUUUAGAACUGAUACCCAGAGAGGAAUCAGAGGACUCAGAGAGUUCAAUUCCACGAUUAAUUCUUAAAAGACAAAAUACACCGUCAGACGAAAGCACCCCUCCAAAGGUACUGUGCAAUUUUGCUGAUGAAAAUUUCUCCAGUACUUUUGUGUGGUGUGUUUGUGUUUCCAUAUGAAAUUAUAUUGGUUUUUAUUCCAUUUGUAGAUUGAUAGUCCUGUUCUUAUACAUUCUAUGGAGGACAAGCGUUCUAAAUCCAUUGAGGAACGAGAAGAAGAGUAUCACAAAGCCAGGGAAAGGAUAUUUAAUCAAGAUGUAAGUUUCUGUGGUUCGAUGACAGGAUUAUAGUUUGUGAUUUAGAGACGGGGGUACAGUUCAUCUUGUAUCUGUAUUUUACAACGUAAAGCCAAACUGAUAUACUGUGGUAGCUCUCCAAUGGGAACCUUUAUCUAAGGAAAACUUGGAGGGACAAUCACUUUUAUUUAACUGGAGAAAUGCGCUUAUAAACGUUGUACAUGUUGCUUUCAUGGAAGGAACAAUACUAGGGGUACUUUUUCUUCUAGGGAUGACCCCUUGGUGCCAGCACCACUGUGCCAUUGUGAUAUACGCCAACGUAGAAUACAGAUAGUUUACUUCAAGAAGUAAUUUCAGUUUUUUUUUCAAUCUUGUAGUCUAUCUCAUCACAGUCAUCACAGUCUUCUAAAGGCGAAAGUGAUAUGAUAGUCCCUCAACUUCUGCAAAGGUAACUGGAUGGUAGGGCUUUAUAGAGAAAAGAACUAUGACCAAGGUUUUAAAAAAAAAUAGCUAAAAGUAAUACGCUGUGAGACUAUAAAGAGAAAUGUGGAAAAGCGUUUUUCUAUAGUUCCAGUUAAGAAAUUUUCAAUUAAGUGUCGAGUGAGAUUAAAUCCUAAGGUAACAACUUCGUCUAACCAAAGGCUAAGGUAAAUUACAUCAAAAGCCAAUAAGAACUCAGAGUUAAAACAUACAAUCUGUCCGAAGCGCGGAAAAAAUAAGUGACCAAUUGAAAGUUCGUGUUAGCUUUGCAUGUAAUUGGUUGUUGAGGGGCGGGGGCGUGAGUUUGCAGACCAAUCACUACGCAAAGCACGUUUACUGAAACUGCUCAACUAUUUUCCCAGGGAGGACAUGGAAAAUGUAAGUGAUGUUGCCGGCGAGGAAACACUUGAAAGGCUACCUAUAAGUAAAAUCGGCAAGUCUAAAUCAGAGGAAGUGGAUGUGACAGGAGACAGGUCCUCGACUGGGACGUCGGGUGAGAUAAUUAGGAUUUUUUGCUGACAUUUACACAAUUCGCUUGGUUAUCUCAUGUUGUAGAGAGCCGGACUACUGUGUAAGAGGUCGAGGGUUCAAGCCCCAGACCGGACCAACACUCUGCGUCUUAAAAUGUGCUGUGAUGCGAAUGUGCUUUGCUAUGACAUCUGUAAAUGGUUCGACAUUCUGGUCUUACACUGCAGAUCCCGUCUCCUGCUUCUUUUUUGUAUUGUUUGGCAGGGGACGUUAAAUAAUCCACGCACUUCUCGCAAAGAGUAGAGAGUGUAGCUCCCGGUGUUGUGUUCUUGCGUUGUUGUUGUUGUUUACACGUAUUAUUUAAAAGAUCCCCUUUUAGUAUUUUUAGAAAGAAAAAGGAAGGGAAAUAAAGAAAGAAGAAAAGGAAGAAAAUAUGACUAAUGAGAUGUGCUGAUACGUGUCGUAAUCCUUCAAAUUUUGUAUACUGCAGGCAUCAGAAUAAUGACGAACAAGCCAUUUACUAGGUCCAGUAGUAGUCCAGGAAUAAGUCAUAUCGGUGGUUCACCCGCUUUGGAACGUGUAUCCAAUUCUUCUCGCCGGGCAUCAGAUGGAAACCAGAGGCAGCGCCAUCUACCUGGCUCACAGUCCGUCCUGUCAGCUCCACUACCUUACUGGGUGGCAGAGGGGACCCCUUUGGUUGUUCCCUCUGGGGAGAUGCAGAUGCUGCCGGUGCAAGCUCCAGGAGUACAAGGGAUGCCAGUGCCUGUCAUGGCUGCACCGGCUCCUACGUCACAGCAGAGUGGUAAUGUAUUUAUUGUGGUAGCACGCCCGUUUAAGUGGGAAGCCGCAAUGUUAUUAUGGGAAAUGUCAUGGUUCUAAACUGCAAAUCAGCAGAGCAGUAUUCUGUCACUGUCACACAAAACAAUAUUACAGCUGCGUGACGAAUGCUGAUUUUGACACAGGACACUUUCAUACAAACUCGUAAGAACUGGAGGAAUUUUGAACCAAAAUGACAAAUUUUGUCCAAGUACAAUCUAUCUUUUGUUUCUUGGGAGUUCUACCUGGUUGUACAACUUGGCAAUUGUUUUUUUCGUCAGGUGGAGUGAUGUGGUCAGUGCCUCAAGAGCCUUUACAGCCUGGAGUUAUGCUUAUAAAUCCUAAUACAGGUAUCUUAAAUUAACUUUUUUUACACUCGAAUUACCUUUUCGAAGCCAGUAACAUCCCUACCGUGGGAAUCGAUUUCGUUUUUAGGAAGAUUGUGACAUCGAAGUAAAUCCCCCUUAUUAGCUUUUUUUCUUGCUGAACUUUGCACAACUUUCUCUCGGUACCUAGGGACACCUUUGUUAGGAGCAGAUGGAAAUCCUUUGGUUAUGCAACCGGCCUAUCAGCAAGUCAUGAUGAAACCAAGUUCAAGCUCAGGCUACACUCAGCCAUCGACUGUCCGCACCCCUGUACAGGCUGCACAGCAACCUUCUGCCAUAGCGCAACAGCAGCAGCAGCAGCAGCAGUCGCAACAACAACAGGCGCAGAGUGCGGUGAAUUCUGGUCAGCUUGUGAUGCCGCAGUAUGUCAAUAUGCCGCCACCGGUGUAUGUAUUACCGUCGAGCGGUCGACCCCCAUUUGCGCAGCAACAGGCUGUAAGUUUUCCUAAUCAGUUCUCAACUUCUUCUCACGUAUACCCUUUGUCUAGAGAUUUCAGUUCACUUUCGUUCAAAAAACUGUAGUUGCGUCUAAGUUUUAGACAACAGACAGUGUAAAUAGUUGAGUCAGAAAGGUGAAUAACUAGUUAGUUAUCGUAAUAUCGUUGAGAAUUCAGUUCCGUUUUAUGUAUAUUUGUAUUUCAUUUUUUUUUUUUACUGCGUCGCGAGCUCUUUUCUAGUAACUCACCGUUCAUCGAUUGGUUUUGAUAAAGCUGAGUGCAACACGGCAAAAUGAGCGGAAAGAAUUUUUUUUUUAUUAUUAUUUUAGGAAGAAUUACAAUUGCUGUAAUGAAAAUUGUGUCAAUAAAAGAGUUGCCUUGAUAAGUUUCUUGCAUUGUAAUUUUGAUGACGAACUUUACAUGCUCAUGAGCGGUAACCUGACAAAGAUUGAAAUGGUAACGAAUGAAUGGGAACAGAAAAGAAAGGUAAAAACUGAUCUUUUAAAUUACGUAAGGUUAUUUGGCAGCAAUGAAACGUGACUAAGGGUCAAACCAAAUGAACAAAAUCUUCGGACGAUAGUUUUAAUACCUGCGUUUAUUUAUAUCAACUGUUUACACUUGUAACCACAUUCUAAGAAAGAAAAUAUUUUGUUUAAUUUGAUCCCAGUGCAUUAAAACGUUUUUUAAUGAUCAAAGAAGUUUCCCUUUUUUACUGGAAGAUAAAUUUUGAGGUGAAACUGGUGAAAGCAGUUUUGUCAUAAACUUGCGUUGAUCGAGAACCUAAGGAAGAACGCCAUAUUGUUUUGCUGCUUUGAUUAGAGGUAGUAGUUUCUUGUUUAUAGAUAUAUAGACAGACAGCCAGGAAGCCAGCUCAACAUGAGUAAAGGUUGGAUUUUCUUCAGUUCCUCUCAAUACUACUGCAUUUCCAGACAGGCCAAAUAACUAGUAGGAUUUAUUCUGUUCCUUUGCUUAUCGAAAUUUAGCGUUGUAAAGAGCAAUUUUUAUUUGAAUGUCGAAAGAAAUCCGGGACUACCUUGUUUUGACGUUGCCUCGCUCUGUGAUUGGUCCAGAAAACUUGCGUCAUCUUCUCAACCAAUCAAAUACAGAUCGCGUCUUGGUCACCCGCGUUUUCCCGCGCUUUUUUGGCUUGCUUUGAUUAUCUAUGAGUUCUCAUUGGCUAAUGGAGAUCUCAUCCUUUGUUUUGAUUGGCCAUAGUGAUUACUUUGGUUUCGGUUUUUCGACGUUCAAUUGAAAACUGCACCACUGAGUGACUUUGGACGAGAUAAAGAAUUUGGGCGAUUAAUGAUCAAUUCAAGGUGAUGUUCGGCUUUGUUCUUCGCUUUAUUCGCGGAAUUUUGAAUGCGAAGUCUUUUCCUAUCUUCGUCUGCGUUUUAGUCGCACUCGAACUUAAAAAGACUCGGGGCUCGAGAUAAGAAUUCGCGAAAACUAUCCUUUACACUGACAAUGCAGUGACAGGGGAAAAUAUUUCUGUUAUGAUACCUGCUUUCACAACUUUGAAGCCAAGUUUUUGAGGGCAAAUGAAAAGCGUAACCCUCUCCUACCCACGAAGAAAGGGCUGCGUCGCUUAAAGAGUUAUAUUCGUUCCUCCUUAAAAUCUCUCAGUCAAGAAGUUCCAGUAAAAAGUUAAUAUCUUAAACUCUGUGUAAUAUUGGGAGUGAUUUCAGAACUUUCUCUAUUCCUUACGAGCUUUUUAGAUUCAUUUAUUAAGGAAUGUCAUAUCCAAUGACGAAAUAGUUGGCACAGACAUAUGGCACAUCCAGUUUGAUCCCGUCCCGUUUCCCUUUCCUUGUUCCUGGUUUUCUUACUAUACAACGAGUGAGCCUUUACUCAUUUCGCUUUCAAAUGCUGACAUUCUUGCCAUUUAGGGCGCAGAGACGGGAAGCCAUUGGUCUGCAUCAGCUCAACCGGUAACUUCAGGAAAUCCGGGAUAUCAGGACAUGACUGCCCAGUUUGGCGCGCUUUCUCUUUCGGGACAAGCCACUCUGGAAUCGACCUCGUAUCACCACCAACAACAGUACGCUGAGUCAGGCGUGCCGAGCUCUACUCGCACAACUUCGCCAAUGUACGUCAACAGUGUCACUCAAGGUGGUCAAAUGCAAUACGUUGUGUUACCUCCUUCAGGCAUGCAGUCGCAGAUGAGGCCGUUGAUACAAAGCCAAGCUUACGGUGCUCAAGCGGUCCCCCAGACUGCAAACCCUCAGCAAUACCAAAGUUACGUGGUUUCACCGACUCAAACACCAUAUCAACAAUUUCCCUACGGCACCCUUCCUAAAGAUGUUACUUCCUCCGUCAUUCAACAACACGCUCGAUCCCAGACACCACCCACCCCUCCCCAAACAGCGUCGCCUGCUCAUACAAACCAGUACUUGCAGCAGCAGCAACAACAACAUCAACAUGCUCAGGCGCAGCUGACAUAUUCGUCUCAAAUUCCUCAGCAGUCACCACAACAGACGCAUACCACACCAUAUCAACAACAACAACAACAAACGACCUCGCCCCACAACCCACAGCAACUUCUCCGACCUAUGGUACCCUUAGUCAUUCAAGGGGGUCGGGGUGUUGCUAUGGCAGCUGCCGUCGGGCAACAGGGCCCAGUCCCUUCUCAGUACCAACAGACCCCGCCGCAUGUUCAGAACCAGUAUCCCUCGAAUCAGAGGAGAAUGUAUAAUAUUGAGAGACGCGCUUUCAAGACUGGCGAGAUGUACAGCUCCGACACUGUCAUGCAAGGCUCCCCCUCGUUGGUCUCUUACGGGGAUGGAUCGAUAUCUACUGGUUAUGAGAUUCAGGGAGAAAGGAGUCAGUUUAACCAAUAUCCGUAUCAAAGGUAAGUCCAGUUGACAAGGCGUCAAAAUGUAUCCAAGUUCUCCUCUCUGAGUCGCCUAAUUAUAUGUUUUGUUUCUGUAUUAAUGAUGUGUUGGGGUAAAAUUGAUCAAUGUUGUAGGAAUUUCUGAAAGAGGCAAAAAACCCUCUGUGCGUGUCACCUUGUCAGCUCGGAGAAACAUGUAUCACUAAUAGAUGUCAUUUCUUAGUUCAAUUUUUGUGACUAAUGAACCGGCCGUUCCGUUGCCAGUUUCGGCAUGAGUUUGAGGAGGAAAAUUGAUGGUUGAUAUAUUUUGUCUCUUUAACCCUUUACACUCUAACAUCAGUAUGCAUAUUCUCCAUACUUUUAUAUAUACAUUUCCUAAGGUGUUGACAAGGAGAAUUUGUUUAGCAAUCGGUUCUCUCAUGGUGUUGCUAUGGUUUCUUGUCGUAAGCUCGUUUAAGGUCGUAUACGCUUAGACGUGUGGCAGCACUGACUUUGUAACUGCAACCGAUCAGACAAACUCUACAUCUUUAAUCCAAUUACCAGCAAUCUUUUAUGUGGCGGUGACGGGGCAUUUUUGUCGAGUUGUUACUGGUUCCUUUGCUGCGAUUGGCCGACUUAAAUCACGUAACUGUUCCCCUUUCAGAUACGGUUCCUCGGGGCAGCCUGCCAACCAGCCGUUCAACAAACCGAAAAAUAAACAAUUCAAAGAACGGCGAGGAAGCCCACGAGGACAACACCAGGAUACGGGCAAGAAACAUGGCCGUAAAACCCCAGAGACUGAGAGGACGGCUGGUGAACAGUGACGACUACGAGAUUUUAAUGGCCACGUAUUUCAAUGUGAGUAUUCCUUUUAAGAUGACGGUUUUUACAUGUUGUGUUUAACUGCUUUCUAUAACGAUCCCUAAAGGUUGGCGCACUUGAAGCGACACGACGCAGCUACAAUUCAUUUCGAUUAGCUUUUUGCAAUUAUCUCUACUCCCCGGCGACGAUUUUUUUGUGCCUGAAACAAACCGCACAAAUCCAAGCUAGUAUGAUCGUGUCGACGAAAAAAUUAACCUUUUAAUUCCUAAGAUCUGAUUGUUAAUUCUCCCCUCUAGCUGUUACACAUUUCCUUUAAAUUGGUUACGAGAAUUUGGUGUUCAAUCAAGGUAAUGUCUUGUGCCUGAUGAGUUUGAGUAUUCUCAUCACCUGUUUGCUGAAAAAUGUAUUGAUAUUGUAGGGAGAAGUUACAUGUCAAUCUCUUCUGGGAGGUAAAGGGUUAAAUGAAUCGCAGUGACCUUUGGUGCACGCGGAUCGUUUUUUUUUUACGGGAUUUGUCGUGGAGACUUGUUCUUCUCUUAUCCGUUGUUAUCGAUUGUAAUCUUCUGUUGUCUUCUUUUCUCGUCCAAUGUCAGUAAAGUCGAAUCUCGUUGUCGCUCACUUUUCGAAAUCAAGUGCAGUCAUCCAGGGGCGCUCUUCAUUGAGUUACUAAGCAAAUCGUCACACCACCCCUCCCCCAUUUAACUUCAGAGGGAGUGGCAAGGACAGGGUUUAUACUUCGCCCCUUAACUUCUACAAAGAAGGUGAAAAAAAAAAUUGGGCUCAUUUCUCUGCAAUUUUUAUCUUUCAGGAGUCAGCCUUAUUCUGAAGGUGUAUGACUUACCCAGGGGAUGAAAAAGGUAAUAUGAAAAAUGAAUUAUUGGACGAUCUGGUGAAGGCUGGGGCCUGGAUCAAAUGGUUGAACACUGUUACGAGCGGAUCACAAGAGAGUCCGGUCAUCGCAAUUUUUCCUUCCUCAACGAUAGCCGAACAUGCUCUAAAUACAAUGUCACGCUUCAAAUUUAAACUUUGCCAUUCUCAACACAAAAAAAAAAAAAAGCAGUCACGCUUAUGCGGAUUCGAACGCUUCUAUUUCGUCCUCGUCGUAGACGAUUUUACGUUCCGCUUUUCCCGAAAACGUUAUUUUUAUUUUAUAUUUGAUUUUUUAUAUGAAUUACGCGGCGGAAACUUCAAGUAUUAAUGAUGAUAGGCCUGUUGUCAUAAUGUGCUUUAGCCUGGUUCAAAUAUUGCUCUAGUUGUAAGAAAUGGUAUAAAAUUAAAAUGAAGUAAUUUAGAAAAGUAAACCAUUUCAGUGUACAUUCUUUUUGCGUGACUGGCUCUUUGUUCGGAGAAAGUUACGUGACCCAUUCACUCUUACGAGACCUUGAGUCACGCAACUGGAUUCAUAAGAGUGACUUUCUUAACCCGCGGAACAAAAUCUUAUUUCUU